UGCCUCGCGGCAGUCCAUCUUACCUCGCGCGUCGCUGCGGUCUUCUCUGCUAGCGCGCCCUCAGUGUUGUUGUCGCGAAUAAUGGCGGCCUCGGGAGGCGGAUUAUCAUCUUCUUCCACCGCGGCGGGCUUUAGCACACAAGCUCCUCCAGCGAAAGCCCGUUUUCCGGGCCGGCCGUGCACAACCCGAAGCAAGCUGCGGUCGGAAAAACGGACAAAACGCGGAAGAUUGGGCUUUGACCGCGGCGAUGUGGCUGCUGCAGGGCCGAGGCCCGUGAACAUCGGCCUUGCGUUAAGCGAGGACCCGUCCCUGCUGCGCUUGCUGGGGGUUGUGGAGAAGCAUAUGCGGCAGAGAGAUGUCGGGUUCGAUUCUAGCAACAGCGAGGAGGAGGAAGAUUUCAUUGGAUUUGGAGCCACCGGAGUACAUCAACGGAAAGCUGGCGCCGCUGCCCCUCGGAGAGGUCAAGCCAAGCCAUCGCCGUCUUCUGAACAGUCAUCAGGAGCAAAGGCUGGGCUUGGAAAAGUCAUUCCUAAAACCCUCAAGCCAGGGCUGAUUGGGAAAAUAGUACCAAAGCCUCCCAAAGAGGCGCAGGAUGCUAAGGAAAGCCAAGUGAAACGGAAAGAAACGCCAAAGGCUGCAGGUAAAGACGAUGACAAGCAGGUAGCUCUCACUGAAAAAGCUGAGCAGGCUGCCAGGGACGCUGCUGGUACACAGCCAUGUGCAACACCUGUGGGUGGUGUCAGUGAAACGUCAGAACCGGCCCGUUCAGGGAGCAAGCAGAACCAAACCGGCGUAGAAGAAACUCCAGGAACAAUCGAGGAGGAAAACCAAGAGCCAGACUCCGACCCGACUCUGAAAGCUGUGAGGCGCGUCGCUGGGUUUCGAGCUGGUCACUCCAGCCGCCCGUCCAGAGCCGUCACUCUGUCUUUUACGUCCUUCAGUAAACGGCGGAGAAGGAGGAUGGCGAAAGGCAUGGGCGCCUCUCCAGAGGCCGGAGCAGAGGCCGGAGCUUUCCGAGGAGAAGAAGCAGCAAUGCCGCUCGACUUCACCACGGUGGAGAUGUCUGGUAAACGGCAGAAAAGAGGCGCUUUGUAUGGCUGCAGAAGAAAGCCUCCAGUAGAGAUGCCAGGGCCCACACAGGCUCACACACGGCGCGUUUUCUCCACUCACGUAUCAGAACCUCCUCCACCCACAACAGAGCCGGAAGAGAAGAAGUUACAGCUCCAAAGUAAAAAGUUCCCCCAGUCACAAGAGGAUCCGGGGCUAGUUCCAGAGCAGCUACGCCAGAGCUCAGCGAGUUCCUCCACAACUGUUACUUCAGGACGCUCGUCCCGUGUCAUUAAGACUCCAAAGAGGUUCCUGGAUGAGGAAAUGAUCCCAUUCCCGAAGGGCUCCUUGUCAACAUGGCUGAAGAGCCAACAAAGAGAAGAUGGAAAGCCAGGAGCAUCCCUUCAGGAGUCCCAGUACCAACGCCACGACAGCCAGUCUUUUCUCGACAGCUCGUCCAGCGUGUCCAAGGUCUCAUCCGGGAGCAGUCCGGGAGCGAGCCAUGUGGAGAUUUACAAAAACCUCAAGAAACUGACACUAAAACUGGCAGAGAAAAAGAGAGGCCAAGCUGACAGUCCAGACGACCUGACGGAUCCAGAGGAUCCCCCCAACUCUCACUUCAGGAGGAAACAGAGACCCAAGAUCACCAUGGAGGAGCUGAACUCCCCCGGAGUCGUUCGAAAGCUGGCAGUGGUUGUGAACACCAGUGCAGAAGCCCCCCCACAAGACCCGGCAGCCAUUGAAGGAAAGUGUGCGAGCGGAGACAGAAGUGAGGCGUUGGAGGCCAGCGGGCCCAGCUAUCGGAUCGGUCUGAGCGGAGCAAAUAAACGGAUGCUCCACCUGUUGAAGAAAGCCAAGGUUCAGCUCAUCAAGAUCGACCAGCAGAAGCAGCUCAAGUUAUCGCAGUUGAGCUCUAUUGAAACCCAAGUUCCAGUGAGUGGGAGGAGGAGGAGAAGGAGGAAGAGGAGAGUUGGAGAAGACCUUGCACCACAGGAACAGCAGCUUGGAGGCCCCAGGAUCAAACAUGUGUGUCGAGCUGCAGCAGUGGCUCUGGGGCAGCCGCGCGCCAUGGUGCCCGACGACAUUCCCCGGCUGAGCGCCCUGCCGCUUCACGAGAGGGAGGGCAUCACCUUUUCCCCUGCAACAGAAGAUGUGGCAGAUGAUGAUGACAUCUUUGAUCAGAGCAGAGCCCAGUGGGUUGUCUCUCAAGAAAGCAUCCAGCGCAAGAGGCGCGGUAGAAAGUUCAAGAGGAGGAAAGUUCUGAGUCCGUACCUACCAGGAGGGAUCCGUUCUCGGCGCUGUGGAGUCUGUGAGGGCUGCUCGGUGCUGGAAGACUGUGGGACGUGCAUCAACUGCCUGGAUAAACCAAAGUUUGGAGGCCCCAACACCAAGAGACAGUGCUGCGUAUACAGACGGUGUGAUCGGAUUGAAAAAGCAAAGCUCCAUCGUAUUGGAAAAACCCUGAAAGUCCGGCCCAGGCCUUGGUCCGGCUCCCUGAAGGCGUCCUCCUCUGGGCUUGGGAUCAGAAAACAGCCUCUGCGUAACCGUAAGCGGCGCUCCUUCAGCAAUCUGCUGGAAUCUGAAGAGGAGGAACAGGAAGAGUCGGGCAAAUCAGCCGCCGCUUCGUCUAAUCACGAUGUCAGUCCUCAAAGCGGCGUUCCUCCGGUGGACGAGCAGGCGGAGGCGGGAAAACAUCGCCGGCUGCUGGGCAGAUUUCCCGGCAGUAAACAGAAAGCUCACAAGACUCCUGCAGAGUGUGCAUCCGUGAACACCCUGACGGGGUUAAGUAACGGCUUUAACCAAAAGGGCCUUUUGCAGAACAAGCACAAGAUCCGAGUCGACUUUAAGGAGGACUGUGCUGUCCAAAACGUCUGGCUCAUGGGCGGUCUGAGCAUUCUCACCUCCAUCCCCACCACUCCUCUGCCGGUCUGUCUGCUCUGUGCCAGUAAAGGACGGCAUGAGAUGAUUUUCUGCCAGAUCUGCUGUGAACCUUUCCACAGCUUCUGCCUCACUCCAGAGGAGUGCCCCCAGGAAGACUCCAAGGAGAACUGGUGCUGUCGGCGCUGCAAAUUCUGUCACGUCUGCGGCCGGAGAAGCAAAAGCGCAAAGCCGGUGCUGCAGUGCCGAAGAUGUCAGACCUGCUACCACCCCUCCUGCUUGGGACCAACGUACCCCAAACCUGUGAACUGCAGCCUGCCCUGGGUGUGCAUGACCUGCAUUCGCUGUAAAAGCUGCGGCGUGACUCCUGGAAAGACCUGGGACCUGGCCUGGAACCACGAGCAGGAUCUCUGCCCAGAAUGCACCAUUCUCAACAAGAAAGGUCAUUUCUGCACCGUCUGUCAGAAGUGUUACGAGGACGGCAGCCGGCCGCUGCAGAUGAUCCAGUGUUCUGAGUGCAGACACUGGAUUCAUCCCAAAUGUGAAGGACUCUCAGAGGAGCUGUGUGGUCUGAUGUCCACCCUACCAGACUCUGGAGGUUUCACCUGCACGCCUUGCAGAGGAACAGCAGACAACACUUUGAAGGAGGACCUGCAGGCCAAGCUGAUGGCUGGGCUGGAGGAGGUGCUCUCUGACCUCCUCUCCUCCAGCAGCACGCAGCACCUCCUGCUCUGUAAAGCGUGUCUGGAAACGACAGCGGCGAGGGAGCAGCGACCCGUCUGUGACCUGCAGGCAGUGCAGCAGAAGUCCAAGGGGCGGGGCUACCCUUCCAUCAAAGCGUUCCACACGGACGUUGCUGCUGUGAUGAGGAAGAGGCUGAAGGAGGAAGAACUUCUUCCUGAGGACCAGAAACUGACCACUCAGGCUCGGGCCCACUAUGUCCAAGUGAUGAAGAGAGUUUUCAGCUGGUUUCCUGCUUGCUAUUUCAAAAAGUGGAGUUCAUUCUCAGAAGAAUUUCCCACCGGCAUGCUCCCAGACGCAGUCCUCCCGCCUUCUCAGGAGCACAGCUACGCCCAGUGGCUGGAGAGGACGUACCAGGCCAAAGAGCCCAGAGCGCCGCAGAGCGACGGCGGGCCGCCGCCAGGCAGAGCGCGGUCGUCCCCUCACGUCCUCCCCCUACACCAACACGAGUCCACCAAGACUAGAGAUGUGCGGCAGUGCGUCCUGUGCCAGCAGUACGGAGACUCUCCCACCAGUGACGCGGGCCGGCUGCUGUACCUGGGUCAGAACGAGUGGGCGCACGUGAACUGCUGCCUGUGGUCUGCAGAGGUCUACGAGCAGAACGGGGCUCUGCUGCAAGUGCACAGCGCCGUUUCAAGGGGGCGCCAUCUGCGCUGCGACCGCUGUGGACAGUCGGGGGCCACGGUGGGCUGCUGCCUCGCCACCUGCCAGAGUAACUUCCACUUCAUGUGUGCUCGCGCCGAAAGCUGCGUGUUCCAGGCGGACAGGAAGGUGUACUGCUGCAUGCACCGGGACCUGGUCAGCACAAAGGUGGUUUCUGGGGCGGCCUUUGAAGUCCACCGCCGCAUGUAUGUGGACUUUGACGGAAUCAACCUCAGGAGGAAGUUCCUCACAGGCCUGGAGCCGGAAACCAUAACUAUGACCAUAGGUUCACUGCAGAUCCAAAAACUCGGCGUUUUGUCCGAAUUGUCUUCCAACGGUCGGAUGCUGUAUCCUGUGGGCUAUCAAUGUUCUCGGUUGUACUGGAGCACUGUAGAUCCCAGGAGGCGCUGUAAGUACACCUGCAAGGUGACGGAGGUCAGCACGCCGCUCCCCGGCGAAGAACAGGACCCCAGAUGGGACAAGGACCAGAACCACACUAUAGUCCACAGUCCCGGUCAGGACUUCUCAGACAUGCCGUCUCCAGGUUGUCUGAGCCCAUCGCCCAGCCCCGUGACGUCCACCACGCCAUCACCCAACGCCAAAGUCCACCACACGCCUGGACCCAAGAGUCCCGGUUACUCGCACACCCGGAGACCUGCAGGGGGGUCGUCCCGGCCCCUCCCAUCCCCAGGCUCGGCUCCACAGAAACCUCAUCCCAUCCUGACCCUCAGGGACCUCGAGGACACCCGUCGCCCACGCAGGCUCUCCUCCAGGAGCCGCUGCAGCUCCUCCCCGACGGAGAGUGAUCCGCCCGUACCCAUGUCCCUGCGGCCCGCCGCCAGAUGCAGCCUGUUCAACUCCCCCCCCAGGCUGUCCAACGUGGGCCCAGGCUCUCCUCCUCUGUCAAGACAGAACUCCUUGUCUCCGGUUUGGAGCUCUCCCCCCAGAUCCAGCUCCAGCCUCCCCGCAGGUCUCUCUCCUCAGCGAGCGGCGCUCACUCACUCCCCAGGAGGAAGGCAGAGCUUUAAAAUCACCACCCCGGUGUCUGCCGAGGUCCCUCAGGACUUUCUGGCCUCGUCUGAGGCCGAAGAUGCAGCGGUGGCGACGACCAACGGGAUCUCCCUGUCCCCGGAGAACCUGGAGGAGGAGGUGGCCCAGCUGAUGUCCCAGGAGCUGCCCUGCAGCGUGUUCGACCCCGACACGGAGGUGGCGGUGGCCUCCAUGCUGAACGCCAAGCUGGAGUUUGACGAGGCUUUCCUGGCCGAGAACGUGGCGCUGAACUGUGGACCCCACGGCGUCAGAGAGGAGGGGGAGGCAGCAGAGGGCGGGUUGCAGAAGGACCUCGGAGCAGACGCUUCCGAGGACGAAGACUCCGGCCGCUACCUGAAGUUUUCACGGACCGUCGUCUGCGACGCGGUUGGCGGCGCGGGUUCCUCCGUUCCGGCGCCGUCAGCUCCGUCCAUAUCCCAGCUGGACGGGGCGGACAGCGGGUCGGAGAACGACGACGGCGAGGUCGUUGACGAACAAAUCAGAAGUCCUGCUCGUCAGAACACGCCCACAAAAAAGCUAACCAUUGCCCUGAAGCGGCUGGAGUCCAUUUUUAGCGUGUCAAAGCCGAGCGCGGUCCCUCAGAUGGAGGCGGAGCUUCAGGAAGGCUUGUCCAACAGCGAGCUGACUUUGCACGAGGAAGAGGUGUCCGUGACCCCGGACACGUCCCAGAGAGAUCUGAUCUUGUCUUCAGAAACGGGUCAUUUCGUCCCCACUGAAGACGCCUCCGCGGGCCGCCCGGGCGUCAGCGGCGUCCUGGAGAAAGACGACAAUAGUUCGUCUGGGGAGUCCGUGGAAGGAUUCCAGGAUGACGUGAACGACCCCGAUUACUCCCCAGAGCCUGUAAUCAAGAAGAGUCCCGUGGCACUGAUGAAGACCCUCACCGUGAAGGCCAGACCGCCCCCCCCUACCGGGAUCGGCCUACCAAAGGACUGUUUUAAGCCUAAACUCAGUCUUCCUCUGCCUCGCCGACCUGAACCGGCUCUAGCCAACAGGUCCGCCUCUUCUUCUGCUGUCACGUUCUGCACGGUCCCCCGACCCGUCACCUCCCCGAUCGUCAUCAACGGCUUGAAUACUUUACCCAUUCACGCCGCGCAGAGCAAAACCAUCGCUGUCCGCCUGGAAAACGCCAAACCCCAAGUUCAGAUUCCACUAAAUCCGGCCACGAACUCGGCGGCGCCUCAGGCUCCGGGCCGCCAGGUCCUGCUGGUCAACCGCCACGGACAGGUUCUGGUCAAAGACCCCCGAUCCAACACCUUCCAGCAGCUUCCCACCACCUCCCCCAGCUACCACCGCAUCAGUAGCAUAGCCAAGAUUCUGCACCGGGACGGCGGCGUGCAGUCUUCGGUUCCCCGCCUCAUCUUUAAGACCGGCCCCAGCCAGCCGCCCCCUAAUGCCCCCCCCAACCACGCCGCCGCAGAGAAGAAAAUCAUCUACAGAAUGGUUCCCAUCAAGACCGCGGCCAUCCCCGCUCCCGCCGCUCCGCUCGCCGUGCAGACGCUUCUCCAACCGUCUUCCUCCACCUCAACAGACGGCGCCGCCGCUCGGGUCAUCAUCAACAGAACGACGGGCCCUCCCGCCGGCUCGGCGAGGCCCAAGCCCAUCAUCCUCAGCGGCUCGCCGCAGGUCGCCCCCAGACUUUUAGUGCCGCCCCAAGCUGCACCUGCCGAGGAUUCCCCUGAGCCAAGCGGCGAUGACGUCAUCCGGCAGGCGAGGGUGAAGAGGGUGUCCACGGUCACGGACAGGCCGAGCAGGAAGAAGGCCAGGAUGGACUUCCUGAAAGACUCGGCAGAGUCGGAGGAACCUCAGGAGAGCAGAACCGGUGGAAUCAGGAUGAAAGCUCCAAGCAGUAAAGAUGUUCUGAACCUGGAUCCGGAUAAGAAAGGCAGCUUGUUGAAGAUGGCUGCUCCGUCUCCUCCUCCUCCGCCCCGCAGGUCUUCUCGGGUGGACGGCCCGCCUGCUGCGGAUCAGAGCGGCGCUCAGCCACAGGUCAAGACGCACACGUGGAUCAGUUCUCGCCAUGGCGACCUCUCCGAGUGGGGGCCGUGCACAGGUUUCAGUUCCGAGGACGACGCCCCGGCGUCCAAACACAGGAAGACGUACAUGAACCAGCCUCACCUGCGCUUCGAGAUCACCAGCGAGGACGGCUUCAGCGUGAAGGCCAACAGCAUCGAGGUGGCGUGGCGCGCCGUGAUCGACGGCGUCUUCGAGGCGCGAGCGGCCUUCCACCUGAAGCAGCUCCCGCUGGGCGUGAUGAGCGGCCCGCGCGUCCUGGGCGUGGUCCACGACGCCGUCAUCUUCCUCCUGGAGCAGCUGCAGGGCGCGGCCGACUGCAAACGCCACCGCUUCCGCUUCCACCGCUGCGACGCGCUGGAGGAGGAGCCGCCGCUCAACGCCAGCGGUUGCGCGCGGGCGGAGGUCUACACGCGGAAAGCGACGUUUGACAUGUUCAACUUCCUGGCGUCUCAGCACCGACAGCUUCCCGACCUGGUCGGCCCCUUUGAUGAAGAUGAAGACGAAUUCCCGCUGAAAGCCUCCAGACGCGCCACCAGCACCGAGCUCCCCAUGGCCAUGAGGUUCAGACACCUGGAGAAAACCUCCAAGGAGGCGGUGGGAGUGUACAGAUCCCUGAUUCACGGUCGCGGACUGUUCUGCAAGAGGAACAUCGAGGCCGGAGAGAUGGUGAUCGAGUACGCCGGCACGGUCAUCCGCUCCGUUCUGACGGACAAGAGAGAGAAGUUUUACGACGGAAAGGGCAUCGGCUGCUACAUGUUCCGCAUCGACGACUUCGACGUGGUGGACGCCACCAUGCAAGGCAACGCCGCCCGCUUCAUCAACCACUCGUGCGAGCCCAACUGCUACUCCCGCGUCAUCAACGUGGACGGCCGCAAGCACAUCGUCAUCUUCGCCUUGAGGAAGAUCUACCGGGGGGAGGAGCUCACCUACGACUACAAGUUCCCCAUCGAGGACGAAGACAACAAGCUGCACUGCAACUGUGGGACGCGGCGAUGCCGCCGCUUCCUGAACUGAAGGCGCCGCUUUGAAUUCUGGGAGAUGAAGCAAUAAGAAGAACCCAGAUCCCCGGGGGCUCCUCUGGAGCCCACCUCCACAUGGGGGAGCAGAGCAGGUUCUCCUGGAACGUUGGCGUCUCCGUUUUCCUCCCUCACUCUGAAAAACCUCCUUUUUGUUUCAUCUGUUGUCUUUGAUCCGACUCGGUCUGCUCUCCUGCAUUUGUCUGAUAUUUUUUUAACUAUAGCGUGUUUUAAAGCUCUGAGGGGCGGGGUUAACUAUGCUCCGCCCCUUUCAGUCUUUUCUUAUAUUUAAACAAUAAAUGUGGAUUUUGAAAUAAAUGCUUUUGAGCUUUUAAAAAGGUGAGAAACGGCGCUGCUUACCUGUCACGGGUGAGCUAAGGGUCAGAGGUCAAAGGUCAGCUGUGUUCUGACUGAAGGGUUCUAGCGGCGCCUCCUGAGACGUUUUCGUUGCUGGAGCCUGUAAAUAGUUGUACAGACUUUCUAAACCUGCUGGAUUGUUUUUUACCGUCACUUUUCUAAAUUAUGUUCCGUAAAGAUUUUGUCCUGCCGGUUUUUUACAGUUCAGAUUGUAUUUAAUAAAUGAAAUUCAGACACAAA